UGACUGCGAGUGCUAAUGUGCAGCCACCGUUUACCAAUCACGUUGUAUGACGGCAACAGUCACAAUGUUUCACGGAAUACCUGUUACGGGAGGUAUGGGUGGAGGUGCGUUUGCUCUGAGUCACACCAAAACAAUAGUAUUUACUCGAAAAAUCUAAACUAUUUGCUCUUUUUAAGCAACUGUCAUGCCUUUAUAUUUCUCUUCAUUAUAGCUCCAGCUAAUAAACCUGAAUUGUAUGAGGAGGUGAAGUUGUACAAGAAUGCAAGAGAAAGAGAGAAGUUUGACAACAUGGCAGAACUGUUUGCUGUAGUGAAGACACUCCAGGCCCUGGAGAAAGCUUACAUCAAGGACUGUGUGACCCCCAAUGAGUACACGGCUGCUUGCUCCAGGCUGCUGGUGCAGUACAAGGCUGCUUUCAAACAGGUCCAAGGGUCUGAUGUGGGCUCUAUUGAUGACUUCUGUAGAAAGUACAGACUUGACUGCCCACUAGCAAUGGAGAGAAUCAAGGAGGAUCGACCAAUCACCAUCAAGGAUGAUAAGGGCAACCUGAAUCGUUGCAUUGCAGAUAUUGUAUCACUCUUUAUCACCGUAAUGGACAAGCUACGACUGGAGAUCCGGGCCAUGGAUGAGAUCCAACCAGACCUGAGAGAGCUGAUGGAGACCAUUAACCGAAUGAGCAACAUGCCUCCAGACAAUGAGGCCAAAGACAAAGUCAGCCUCUGGUUGACCACUCUCAGCAGCAUGUCGGCCUCGGAUGAGUUGGACGACUCCCAGGUUCGCCAGAUGCUGUUUGACCUGGAGUCGGCAUACAACGCCUUCAAUCGCUUCUUACACUCCUCUUAAUGUGCCUGUCAUCCAGGAAUAUUUACGCUUUUCUUAUAUCAUGGAUUAUUGUGGUACCCCCUUCCUAUUGUUUCUUUGCAACACAUUUAUUAUGUCUUCUCUCCCUGUUUGUGUUGUGUAUUUUUCCAUUGAAUACUGUCUUUCUUCCUCCAAAUUAUUUGUACAGUGUCUGUCUUCUCCUUUGAACUCUGAUCUAGACUCUUUGCAGCAUCCAGUGCUGUGGCCUUGCCCAGUGGUGGUCCUACUUAUUGAGUUGUAAUUUUCCUGCCUGUGUGGCGGGACACUGUGAAGGCUGAUCUUUUAAGCCUGCGAUCUAGAAUCUACAUUGGACUCUACUUACUUCUUGUUUUGUCAUAUAAGCAACCAGCCUACUGUGUGACUUAACCCAAGGGUACAGUUUGAGUCUGUCUCCUUUAUAAGUGAGUUUAGUAGAAGAAGAUAAAACAUGUCAAACUGUGGUGUCUUCAAGAAGUUUGGUCAGCCAGAGCUUUGAGAGGGGUUUCAAUAACAUUUAAAAAAAAUAAUGUUAUUUUAUUUGAGAAAGUAUGUGGCUGUACCCCAUUGGCUCUACGUUAAACUCCAAUAAAGUUUGCACAGGUUAUUCCUGACUCUGGUUGUUAAUUUAAUCAAAGUUGUAAACUGUUGGUGAACAGAUGGUCUUUAAGAGGUAUGAGUAUUGUAAUGCAACCAUAUUGACGAUUUAGUGUACCACUGUGGUGAAAGAAAUGUGGCUCUCUUUUAUGUUAUUGUUUUUCUCAUUUGUGGAGUAAAUGUAAUAUAGCACUACUUUAAUUAAGAUGCAUAAUUAAACUUUUCUUUAGAUGUGAGGGUUUGGCCACAUCAGGUGGUCAGUGGAGACAAAUCGAUUCAUAGAGUUCCAUCCUGAUUUAAAUGCGUACCAGCUAUUGAUUAUAAUUCGGGAGCGCAUAUUUAUUAAGAUAUAUCAUUGUAAAUAAUGAAGUUUUGAAUUAAAAAAGAGCAUGUAACACCUUUUUAGAAAUAAAAAAAAUCUACCUCCAA